AUGGGCUUCUUUGUCGCACCAGUGGAAGCUCUACCCGAAAUCUCCGUAACCGAUGUUUACUUCACCCAUCAGCGUGGGAAAUACAUGGGGUUUUACGCGUUCUCGUUGGCCGGUAGCAACUAUUUUGCUCCCAUCAUCUCCGGCUUCAUUGCGGAAGGGCAAGGGUGGCAGUGGGUCUUUUACUGGCCGGCAAUCUUCUUGACCGUCUCGCUGAUCUUCAUGUUCCUAUUCAUGGAGGAGACCAACUAUACAAGAAAGAUUGAGGGAGUCGCCGUCACAGCUGAGUCUCCGCAGAGAGACCCGUCCAAGGUCGUGGAUCAAGAGAAGGCCGACACGACGACUUCGCAGUCCACUGCGAGCGAUGAUAUGCGAGUAUCGACAAAGACUUUUACGCAAAAGCUAUCAAUCUGGCAACCGUCCCCGGGAUCCAACGUCUUCGAGCGCGCAAAACGUAGUCUCAUGUACCUGAGCUGGCCCGUCAUCUUUUACGCAGGGUUCAGCUACGGUUCUUACCUCAUUUGGUUCAAUGUCUUGAACGCCACUGCUUCAAUCAUCCUCGGCGGCCCAGGGUACAACUUCAAGCCUUCCAUGGUCGGUCUCAGCUACGUCUCUUGCUGCAUUGGAGUCGUUGCCGGAGCACUGUUCUCAGGACGAUUCAGCGACUGGUUGACCAUCAAACUAGCGCGCCGAAACAACGGCGUCAUGGAGGCUGAGCAUCGAUUAUGGCCAUUUGCAGUAUGUUUGGUGAUGGUCCCGGCAUUCUUGAUACUCUGGGGUGUUGGUGCUGCCCAUGGCGUACACUGGUUUGGACUCGUCUUUGCAAUGGGUUGUGUCGCUUUUACUUCAUCAGUUGGCGUCACCAUCAGCGUAAACUACAUGAUCGACAGCUACCACGACAUAAGUGGCGAUGCGAUCGUGACGGUUAUCUUGAUUCGCAACACCAUGUCGUUUGCAAUCAGCUACGGCAUUACGCCGUGGCUGACAGACUUGGGCUACCAGAACUGUUUCAUAUCUGCAGCCUUCGUUGGAAUGGCUGCAUCAGCAGUAUUUCUCGUAAUGAUUAAGUACGGCAAGGGCAUGCGCGUUAAAAGCAGUAGGAAGUACUACAGUAUCGUGGAUGCUGAUAAGGCGAUGAACUAG